UGCUUCGUCACUUCCUGGAAGAUAGCGCAGGAAGGCGGAAGUUUGUGUGGGUGAGGCGGAGAGGGAGUCUGGGCUGAGGUGUCCCUGUGGUGUUUUCCUGGGUCCUACGCUGGGGCUGCGGAAGAGGCCGAGGUUUCCUCAGUAGCGGGGAAGGGGGAAAACAAGGUUGCCAAUAUAGGAGGAAGAGGGGAAAGGACAUGAAGCAAUCGCGCAACCUGCAGGACUCGGGAGGCUGAAGCUCUAUCCUCCUGUUUUCUUCUCAUCCCCUGCCCCCGAUCUCCCCCCUCCCCCGCUUCCCAGAUUCCCCCUCUUUCCUUUUUGAUCUCCUCUCCCCUUCCCGCUGUUUUUCCUCCACCUGCCCCCCUCCCCCUGCUCCUUCUCGGCUUUGACAACCCCUCCCCCCUAUCUUGGACUAACUAACCCUGAGCAAGUUACUCCAUGGGAGCCGGUGGGAAGAGAACCGUGUGACCCCUGACCCCUUAAUCUAGUGACCCAGCCCCGCUUCCUCGCCAUCCCGAGCCCCCAACCCCUCUUUACCCCGGGGCUAGAAGAAAGGGGUCAUUGACCCUGACCCUUUCAAGCAAUGGCCGCGGUGGCAGCGUCUAACUGGGGUCUGAUCAUGAACAUUGUGAACAGCAUUGUGGGGGUCAGUGUGCUCACCAUGCCCUUCUGCUUUAAACAGUGUGGCAUUAUCCUGGGAGCCCUACUGUUGAUUUUCUGUUCCUGGAUGACACAUCAGUCCUGCAUGUUCUUAGUGAAGUCAGCCAGCCUUAGCAAACGCAGGACCUAUGCAGGCCUAGCAUUUCAUGCCUAUGGAAAAGCAGGAAAAAUGUUGGUGGAGACCAGUAUGAUUGGGUUGAUGUUGGGAACCUGCAUUGCCUUCUAUGUUGUCAUUGGUGAUUUGGGAUCAAACUUCUUUGCACGGUUGCUUGGAUUUGAGAUGACUGGUAGCUUCCGGAUAUUCCUACUCUUUGUUGUCUCCUUGUGCAUUGUCCUUCCACUGAGCCUCCAGAGGAACAUGAUGGCUUCCAUACAGUCUUUCAGUGCCAUGGCUCUCAUCUUUUACACAGUGUUCAUGUUUGUGAUAGUACUGUCCUCUCUCAAACAUGGCCUUUUCGGUGGGCAGUGGCUGGAACGAGUUAGUUACACCCGUUGGGAGGGCAUUUUUCGUUGCAUUCCUAUCUUUGGCAUGUCUUUUGCCUGUCAGUCCCAGGUUUUGCCUACCUAUGACAGCCUAGAUGAACCUUCAGUUAAAAUAAUGAGCUCCAUAUUUGCUUCAUCGCUUAAUGUGGUCACCACCUUUUACAUUACGGUAGGAUUUUUUGGCUAUGUCAGCUUCACAGAAGCUAUUGCUGGCAAUGUGUUAAUGAACUUCCCUUCAAAUCUGGUGACUGAAAUGAUUCGAGUGGGAUUCAUGAUGUCAGUAGCUGUUGGGUUUCCCAUGAUGAUUCUGCCUUGCAGACAAGCAUUGAACACUCUUCUUUUUGAGCAGCAGCAAAAAGAUGGUACCUUUGCAGCUGGAGGUUAUAUGCCCCCUCUUCGGUUUAAAGCUUUAACUCUUGGAAUUGUGUUUGGAACCAUGGUUGGUGGAAUCAUGAUCCCAAAUGUGGAGACGAUCCUAGGCCUUACUGGUGCUACAAUGGGAAGUCUCAUCUGCUUCAUCUGUCCUGCUCUUAUUUAUAAGAAAAUCCAUAAGAAUGCCCUUUCCUCACAGUUCAUUCUGUGGAUAAGCUUGGGGAUUCUGUUGAUUAGUACAUAUACUACCCUGUCUGUGAGUGAGGAGCCCCCUGUGAAAGUUGAAAAGAUAGAAGCUGCUGGUCAUCUUGGAGAAGUAAAAAAUCUCAUGGAUCCAGAUUCUGCCAAAAUAUCAGUCCAGAACCCGAUUGUUGAAGUGGCCAAGGACAACCGUGAUAAGCCAAAACUGCCGAACAAGAAAGAUGAAGUGGAGCCACCUCAGAUCAAAGGUCCUAUGAAUGUGCCCCAAAGGGAUGAGCACAAGGAGAAGCAGGAGGAGGUGCAGCUUGAUCGUCCUGAUCAAGGUAUUGCUUUACCUGUGGGAGAGGCCCAUCGCCAUGAACCUCCAGUGCCACAUGAUGAAGUUGUGGUAGAUGAGGGUCAAGAUAGAGAAGAACCAGAGGAGGAGAAACUCCCAUCCAAAAAUGAAAAUUCCCAUGGGGCACAGAAGGACCAGGAAAAUUCUGAACAAGAGGAAAAUGAGCCACAGAGCAAAGAGAAAGAGGAUCAAGCUUCAAAAAAAUUGGACCAUCCCCCUGAUAAUCUCCAAAAGAUCCUAGAACCAAAUGGCAAGCCAGUCAUUCAGCCAGCAUAUGAAGACCUAGGACCAGGCAAUAAAGAUCUUCAGCCAGGGGCCCAAGUUGUAAUUUCCAAUGACCAGAAGAAAGUGAAUCCUGUGGGUGAAAGGGAAAAUGCAAAUGAUGUUCAAUUGCCAGGAAAAGUAGAAGAGAUUAUUAAGUCCAUGGAAAAGAUUGAUGCUGGUGGGAAGGCUCUUCUCCCCCCAGAGAAACCAGAUCUGAUCGUAGGACAAAAGCCUGAGCUGAGAGAGAUAAGAAAUGUUGAAGGACAACAGGAAGAAAACCCAGGCAGCAAGUUAGAAGCUGAGAUUAAAAAGCUAGUAGCAGAAGCUGGCAAGGCAGAAAUGCUUGAUCAUGCGGUCCUUUUGCAAGUAAUUAAAGAACAGCAGGUGCAGCAAAAGCGACUGCUGGACCAGCAGGAGAAGCUGCUUGCUGUGAUUGAAGAGCAACACAAGGAAAUCCACCAGCAGAGGCAAGAAGAAGAUGAUGAUAAGUCAAUGCAAGAAAUGCAGCCUGAAGCAGGGGGUGGCAUUCCUAUGAAUAUAGAAAAGGAAGAUCAAGACUCAAAAGUUGGGGAAUCAGUUAAAAACAUUCUUAGACAAGGUUUGGAAGCACCAGCCCAUCCCAGAGAACAGCAGCAGCAGCAGCAGCAGCAGCAGCAUCCUGGUGAGGAACCUGAUCAGACUGUUGUGAGGAAUAGAGCUCCUUCUUCCAGCGUCCUCACUGACAUAGAGCCCAAGGUUCCCAAGGCCAGGCCCCAGGACAGUAAGAAGAACGAUGUCCAGCAUGACAUAGGCAAAGCAGGUAAUGCUGAAGAGCAUGUAGAAGACAUCCUUCAUAAGAACUUGGGACAGGCAGAUAUGAAGCAUUUUGUUGGGCCUGAGAAGAAAAUUGGAGCUCAGGAAUUGCCUGGAAAAAGUCAAGAACAAAUGAGAGGCUCCCAAGAAAGAAGGAAAACUGUGAAAGGAAUAGUUGUACUUCCAACUGCAGUUAUCCCCAAAGAGGACAGAGUUGAAAUUGAAGACUCUGAAAUGAAGAUCCACAAAAAGAGCCUAGAUGGAGAGUUUCUAGGUGGUUCUCCAAAAAAAUCAAAAGAGACUAUCCCUCAGCCCCAAGAAUUACUGCAUCAGCAGAAACACCAGGGCAUUUCAGAUACUGACAGAAACAAUGGCCUUAGAGGCAAAGACCACCAGCUAAAUCAUGAAAAUCAUAUGGAGGCAAGAAAAAAUGCCCUUGCUCCUAAUGGCAGUCCUGUUGUAGAGGAUCAACAGAGACCAAAGGAGGAGACUAUCCAGGAUCCUGAGCAUCCAGAUCCUGAGCAUGUGCCCAACCAAAAGUCUGAUAAUGGAAAACCCAAUCGGGAACUAAAAUCUCAAGUGGGAUCUGACCUUCGGAGGAGACGGCGAGAUUUGUCUCCUAAUCCUGUGGAGGAGACAGCUCAGAAGGACGGUGUUCUCAUCAGUUUUAACUCCUUGCCAGUUGUGAAUAUGGACAAUCUGAGAAGUGCAUUGGAGACUCAACUUCACCAAGCUUUGCAGGUGGUUCAGACCAGACAGAUUAAACAGUUGCCAGUGUCUCAGAACGAGGUGUGAUCUGUCCAUGCUAAUGACUAAAACUUGUUUACUAAGGUUAAGCUGAUAGGCAAUGGGCAUUUUUAACAUUCAGGAAACAAGCUGCUAUACCUGCCCUAUCCUUUAUACUAGCUAUGCUAAACUUGAUAAGAAGAACAUUUGGGGAGAAUAUUUGUGAAUUCUGGGUAUCAUAAUUGGAAUGAUUUCCUUCAUUGAUUUUUUUUUUUUUUUAUACUCUAAUUUUUGCUCAGUGCUUUCAGAGAAAAACUCUCUUGUUCUUUGACCCCAAAGAUUGCUAUGCUGUUCAAGCCUUAAGCUGCCAUUUCUUAAGUAUCUCAUGGCAUUGUUUCACAGAGAAUUAUUUCUUCUUAAAAUUUUCCUUACUCUAUCUGCCCUCUGUCAACUAAAAAAAAUACUCAUCUCUAAACUUUGUUUCCAAAUCUGCAGCACUUUAUUGAAUUCAUAACUCAUGAGAGAAAACUUCUGUGUACAUUAACCCACUUGAGAUUUCACACAAUCUUUAGAUUUCUGAGGAGGACCUUCUCCUAUUAAAGUCUUUAAAGUUAAAUUAGUAAUUAACCACCCCAGUUUCUGCUGAUUUUUUUUCUUUGAUUGUUUCAAUGUCAGACCAAUUCCUAAAUAUAUAAGACAAAAAGACCCAAAGGUAAUACAUAUAUAGUACUUUAUAAACCUUAAAGUACUAUAUACAUGUCUGCUCAGAUUAUUAUUAAUUGCCUAAUAUAGUUAUAUGCCUUUAGUUGAAAUUAGCUCCAUUGCAUUUGAUACACUGAAAUCCAUCAGACUGAUGAAAUUUAUAGUUAGAAGGAAGUUUCAUUUCACAUAGUUUUUUCUUCUUCUUGUUCAUAUUGUGAACAUUGUGACUGGAAACACUUAAGUUCUGCACUUAAAAAAUUUUUUUUAACCUGGCCUGUGAUUUCAUUGUGUUAGGGAGCUCCCUAUGAGAAUUUUCUCUACCAAGAGAUUCCUACAAUUUAUAGUCGGAAUUGCCUGUUACACUUAGAGGUUAAGUGACUUAGCCAGGGUUACACAAGUUAUAUAUGCUAGAAGUGGGAUGUGAACCCAGUUCUUCCUGACUUGAGACUAACACUCUGGCCUCAUGCAAACCAUUUGAUUUUUGAGACUUGGGUAAGUUUGUGUUUGAAAUACCAAGUAAAGAUAAAUGUCUGUAAGAAAGGCAACAUGGCAUAAUGGAUAGAAGGCCACGCUGAGUUAGGAAGACCUGGGUUCAAGUGUUGCCUCUGGCACAUACUGGCUUUGUGACUCUAAGCAAGUCACUUAAAUGUUCAAUGACCCCAAUAACUCCAUAAGAUCAUAAGCUACAGGAACAUUGCCAGUCUCCAACUAUAGAGAGUGAUUCCACUUUAGAAAUUACACAUACUUAUGGAAUCAGACAUCUGAAUUCCUUUCCUGUUCCUUAUCCAAUAUAAUUCAUUUGUUUUUCAAAAUCAAUCUGAGCUCAGUUUUAAAAAUAUAAAAAACUACUCAUAUCAACUUAGAUAAGUCAUUUUAGUAUUGAGGUGAAACAUUUUUCUUUAAAAAAAAAAAAAAGUUCCACAAUUCCAAGAGGGUUAAGAACAGAGAUGAUGGUAUAAUGAGACUUAAAAGUUGAAAUGCAUAGGGUUCAUACUGUAAAGCCAAAAGGACUAAAUUAAACUCUAGAAAAUCUAGUGUUGUGAUCCAAAGUCACUCUCCCUGUCAAUGCUAGGACUUCAUAAAUAGGGAUGGCCUCUUUGCUUCAGGAGAGAAUGAAGACAAUUUGGGGGAGAUGGGGAGUGUUGCUGCUAUUUAAUCCAUCCAGAAAAGAGGAACUGUAGAAAACUGUCUUCAACACUUGCUUGCUCUAAUGUAUAUUUCCAUUUCAAACUAUAGUCAUCCUUUUUACUUUUUUAUAUUUUUGCUAUCUUGGCCUUGAUCUUCUUCUAAAGUCAAUCCAAGAGAGUCUGAAUAUGAGUUUUGUUAUCAAAGAAGCACAGCUAAUUUUGGAGAUGACGAUUUAAAAGAAUUUUUCUUUUUCUAUAGAGGCAAAAAAGCUUAUAAUGUUGAGAAGACCUCCUGUUCUUUGUGUCUCAAGAACAACACAGUUUAGUCAUUUGAUUUACCUGAGUCUCAAUAGGGAUAUGAUACACAGAAAAGGAUAUUUUGCUCUCCACUUUAAAAGCAGUGGGAGGAGGCGUUUGUUUAUAUUGCCACUACCCCUUUAUGGUUCUCUAUUGUUAAUUAGUCAAGGUUCCUCUUUAAGAGGGGAUAUGACAGCAUAUGUUCAGAUUUGUUGUGGGAAGCAUUGAAAAAACCUGUGACAAAGGGUCUGUUCUGUUUUGUGCACUUUGGUUGAUAUGAUGUUUAUGAUAGAUAAAAGGACCAAAGACACUUAAAACAUUCCUCAGAAAACUUAAUGGCUUCACAAAGGGGAGCUCCUUUCUCUCCCUUUGCCCCAUACUCUCCUACAGUUUUUUCAUCAGUCUUUUUAAAAAUAUUUUUUCAUUUAAACUUUUAAGGUUUUAUUGAUAUUUUGUUUUUGCAUCACCUUAAUUUUCCAUUGUAUAUUCCUAUCCCUCCCCUUUUAACCAAAAAAUAAAAAAAGAGACAGGAGACAAUUCAGCAAAACUAAACAUAUCAACUAAGCCUGACAUGUGGUGUUUUGCACCCAUCAUUUUCCCCCUUAUUGUUUUUCACUUUCAUUAUAACUACUGAAACUCAAAGGGAAAAGCCAGAUCUUCAAAAAGAACUGAGUAUUAGGAAAUGAAUAGUGUAAAAAAAGGAGUGAAAGUAUUUUAAGCUGAGCUACGGUUGUUGAACUACAAUUUUCAUACAGAAUUUUCAACAGAUCUUUUGGUUGUAUGUUUGUAUGUGUUUUAAUAAAUGCACCAAAGCAAUGAUAUAUUGUA